UCUAUCUCAAAUGCGACCUCGUCGUCUUCACGGGGAGCGUUCAUCCAGCGGAGUCGCACCCUAACACGAACAUACGCGACGGAAGCGACGACCCAGGAGUUCGUGCCCACCGAUGUCAACGCCGCGCUUGCCCGGACAUCCGUGUUUUAUAAAACAUACAAGCCCGUUACGCCAGGUCUCCGACACCUGAAGCGGCCCAUCUCGCCACAUCUAUGGAAAGGCCGACCAAUACGACUGCUCACGUUCGCCUUGCGCAAGUCGGGCGGGCGCAACAACAGGGGGCGCAUCACCGUCCGUUCGCGCGGAGGCGGGCACAAACGACGUAUUCGUAUCGUUGACUUUAUGCGCACGGAGCCAGGACCGCAUGACGUCGUUCGCAUCGAGUACGACCCGAACCGCUCUGCGCACCUUGCGCUCAUCAAGAGCCGCGAUCCCAACGCGGAUGGAAGGAAGAUGUGGAGCUACAUCCUCGCCUGCGACGGCAUGCGCGCUGGCGACGUUGUACAGAGCUUUCGCCAGGGUAUACCUGACGGCCUUGUGCCGGGCUUCAUCGACUCAGAGAAAAUUCGAGGGCGGGCGGUCCAACAAGCCGACGACGAUCAGACGACGAGCGCGUCCCUUUCAUUGGGUUUGCUGCGAGCCGUCACCAUCAAGCCCGGAAACGUGCUCCCGCUUCGACUCAUCCCCACGGGCACCAUCAUCCACAAUGUUUCGCUCAAUCCUCAGCGCCGUGCGAUCCUGGUGCGCUCGGCGGGAACGUUCGGACAAGUGAUCGCACAUGAAGAGUCCGGAAAGUACUCUCAUGUGCGAUUGCAGAGCGGAGAAGUGCGAAAAGUGUUGCAGGAUUGCGUGGCGACUAUCGGGAAGGUCAGCAACCCACUGUGGAAGGGCCGCAGCCUCGGUAAGGCUGGCAGGAGUCGGUGGCUGGGUCGCAGACCCCAUGUUCGCGGUGUGGCCAUGAAUAGGUGCGAUCACCCUCACGGAGGAGGUCGUGGAAAGUCCAAGGGUAACAAGCACCCUGUCUCAAUCUGGGGCUGGCAAACGAAGGGAAAGCGGACGCGUAAGCCAGGUCCUCUGGGCCCGAAGGGCAGCAACAAGAUGGUGAUUCGCGAGAGGCCGCGAGGAAAAGAUAAGCGG